GGCCUCGUGAGAAUUGAGCGAGUUUGAGCUGCCAUGUUAUCCGACAUGCCAUGAUUGCGUCUCCACCAUGUGCCGGUCUUUCUUCUACGACGACACCUGAUUCUGAUCCUAUUCCGACUUUCUCUAUUACGAGUCGACCACUUUGAACGCCGCAUCUGCCUCGCAGAUUGCUCAAUGACCAUCGCCCCAUCUCGACCAUAACCACCGAAUCGUUAACUUCAACCUCUUCACGAUGGAUAUGUCUAUGGGCGGCAUGGAUAUGUCCAUGGGCAACAUGUCUAUGGGCAAUGGCAUUCCUAGCCUGUUCACCUUCGAGCGCAUGUACUGGGCAGUAGUCGGCGCCGCCGUUGCUGCUUUCACUCUUGUCAACUUAUACAGCUGGUUUCUGUAUCAGCAGAGAUUACGGUCCACGAGUAUGACACCUGCCAAACCAAAGGCCUUUCCUUUCCGGGCCAUGGCUACUUGUACCGCUGUCGUACGCGAAGUCGCAAACGCCUCCCUGCCCGUCUUCGCCAUCAAGUCUCUUAGGAUCCCCUCGCCUACUCUUGGAAGAGCUUCGAUCGUCGGCGCAAACAUUGUUGUUCUGCUGGUCAUGUGUUUCUACAAACUCGACGUCAGCGAUCAAUGGUCAUUCGAGAACAUUGGCUAUCGCACUGGCUUUGUUACUCUCUGUCAACUGCCUCUACUCUUCCUCCUGGCUGGAAAGCGCAACAUCAUCGCCGCCCUUAUAGGCUCGUCGUACGAGCGUAUCAACUGGCUUCAUCGCUGGGCCUCGCGAUGCUUCCUUCUGACUGCCACUAUUCACAUGGGCUACUGGUUCGCCGACUGGGCUCCCUACGACUACAUUGGCACAAAAGUCCGUACUGAUCCCAUCACGAAACAUGGUGUCAUCGCUUGGUCAAUCCUGGUCUGGAUCACUGUCAGUUCCAUGACUCCGAUUCGGGGUUGGAGCUACGAGUUCUUCGUCGCUCAACAUAUUGUCUCCUUCGCCGUCUUCAUUGGCUUCGUCUACCUGCACAUCCCCGUCGAAGUCAAGCAUUGGGUCUGGAUCUGCGUUGGCUUGUUCUUCUUUGACCGUGUCGUGCGAGGCUUCUUCUACCUCUACAACAACUUGUCAAUCCUGCAUCCUGCUCAGCGAAAGGACGGAACCAUGGGCAAACUCUGGGCUCUUAACGCCGAGCUCACUGCUCUGCCUAACAACACAACUCGCGUGACGAUCAACAAUCCUCCUAUUUCCUGGCGUCCCGGUCAACACGUCUUUCUUUCUGCUCACUCGCUGGCCCCCAUGCAGGCUCAUCCCUUUACUAUUUCCUCCCUUCCUAGUGAUGGCAAGAUGGAAUUCUUGAUACAGUCGCAAAAGGGUGGCACACAGAAAUUCUACCGACACGCAGAGAGAAUUGGCAUGAGCCUUCCUCAAACCAAUGGAGAUUUGACAAGAGGCAGCUUUACUAGUGUUGCCAUCGAAGGUCCGUAUGGUCGUAUCCGUCCAUUGCAACAAUUCGACAGCGUUGUACUCCUUGCUGGUAGCUCUGGUGCGACAUAUACCAUGCCUUUACUACGCGAUCUUGUCCAUUCGUGGAAAGCCAUGAGCGGUCAAAGCAAAAGCCAACGUGAGAAGCCAGUGACACGACAUGUGAGAUACGUCUGGAUUGUCAAGUCUGGCCCUCAGCUUAGCUGGUUCUCCACUCAACUCGGCCAGGUCAUGGAAGAUAUCGCUCGGCUCCAAAACGAGGGCCACGAUGUGAGCGUUGACAUCAGCGCUUACAUUACUUGUGACGAUACUUUUACGACAGAGCAGAAGACUCUUCUGGACGCCUGGAGAUCAUACUCAACAUCAUCGUCUGCCAAACAUGGCUCGGUGACUGAAGUUUUGAAUUCUGUUGAUGAUGAAAAAUACAACGACUACAAGUCUGAGAAGAAGUUCGUGUCCAAGGAUGAAAAGAUUGAAGUCCAGGAGCUGGAUCGCUACUCGCUAUCAGAAAAGGCCGAGCCUACAUCAAAACAAUCUUGUGGGCCAAAUGGCACAUGUUGUUGCACCGCCACGAUAGAGGAUGAAGACGACGACGAAGCCAUCAGACCAGCGUGCACUUGUAACUGUGGUGCGGGUCCAUCACGAACAGAAAGCUCGGCAUCAAGCAACCUGAACGAAAAGCCCAAGCCGAAACAGCCAUUCCUACAUCCUGCAAUCUCCGUCUUUUCAGGUCGGCCAGCUUGCAGGAAUGUCAUCCGCAAAACGCUCGAGCAGGCUUAUGGCGAGAGUGCAGUGGUUGUCUGUGGACCCCAGGGCUUGGUUGACGAUGUACGAACGAGCGUUGUCUCGCUUAGUGAUGAGAGAGCGGUCCACAAGGGCACAGGCGCUCAAGGCAUUUGGCUGCAUGCCGAGGCAUUUGGAUACUGA